AACACAUUAUAUCAGGCAUAUGUAUGUAAUGUGUGCAUGAUAGUACAUAUCUUAAUUUUAUUUUCCCUUUCCAAUAUAUGAAAUACUACUACCUAUCUACUAGCUCUUGCUGCCAGGGCCAUUAAUUCAUCAUCAGUAUUUCCAUAGUCACAUACUAUAUAAUAUCUCACUCAUACUCUACAUAACACCCAUUCCUCAUUCCUCAUACCUUUUACUUGCACUUGUUUCCACUUAGAUAUACAUUUUUUAUUUAUUAGAAAUCCAUGGCUACCACUAUGGUUUUGCAAUCUUAUUACAUUCAUGUAGUGAUCAUAUUCAUGGUGGCAAUGUCUACCGGUUUCAAAGGAACAGAGGCAGCACCACGUGCUUUCUUUGUGUUUGGGGAUUCUCUUGUUGAUAAUGGCAAUAACAAUUACUUAGCAACUACGGCUCGUGCCGAUGCUCCGCCUUAUGGCAUCGAUUAUCCAACUCGCAGACCUACUGGACGUUUCUCUAACGGCUUAAACAUCCCUGAUUUUAUCAGUCGAGAACUUGGGGCAGAAUCAACAUUGCCUUAUUUAAGUCCUGAACUUAAUGGGCAAAGAUUACUUGUUGGUGCCAACUUUGCUUCCGCUGGUAUCGGAAUUCUGAAUGACACCGGAAUUCAAUUUGUAAACAUAAUAAGAAUAUAUAGACAAUUGGAGUACUUUGAAGAAUAUCAGCAGAGAGUGAGUGGUCUUAUUGGAGCGGAAGGAACUCGGCGCUUAGUGAACGGAGCAUUGGUUCUGAUCACUUUGGGAGGCAAUGAUUUUGUGAAUAACUAUUAUUUAGUGCCUUUCUCUGCAAGAUCACGCCAAUACCCUUUACCAAAUUAUGUCAAGUAUUUGAUCUCUGAGUAUAAGAAGAUUCUGAGGAGGCUAUACGAUCUUGGAGCACGGAGGGUGUUGGUGACUGGAACAGGUCCAUUGGGUUGUGUUCCAGCAGAAUUGGCCCAACGAAGCGUAAAUGGUGAAUGCUCGCCAGAACUAAUGCGUGCAGCGUCUUUGUUCAAUCCUCAACUUGUUCAAAUGAUCCAACAACUCAACGGUGAAAUUGGUUCUAACAUCUUUGUUGGAGCCAACACUAGGCAGAUGAGCAUUAAUUUCGUCAAUAACCCCCAAGCAUAUGGUUUUGUUACAUCAAAGGUAGCAUGUUGUGGUCAAGGACCCUAUAAUGGUCUCGGACUAUGCACUGUCGCAUCAAACUUAUGCCCAAAUCGUGACCAAUAUGCAUUUUGGGAUCCAUUCCAUCCUUCAGAAAGGGCUAACAGCAUCAUCGUUCAGCAGAUUAUGUCAGGCAACACCGAAUACAUGUAUCCAAUGAACCUCAGCACCAUUUUAGCCUUGGAUUCCAAGAAUUAGCUAGCAAGCUUUUAUUUUAGUUUUUCAACUUUUUUAUGUGUGACAAGUUAAUUUGUGAUUUGCAUUUAUGAGUUGAAUUGGAGCUUUAGUAGUUACUUCCUUAAUACUCCCCACUAAUAAAAUAUAUAAAAAAAAUGUGUAUCUAAAUUAAAUUUAGAUACAUUCUUUUUUUUAGUAUUUUGUUACCGAGUGAGUACUAUUUAAUGUUGUAGUGGCUGGGUGAGGAUGGACCCUGUCUUUAUUCUCAAUCUCUUUAGCAAUGCAAAAGCAACUGAAUAAUAAUAAUUGAGUGAUUUGUCUUUUGUAUCUGAUAA